AUGAUGUACGGCCAAGUUCUCCACCAUCAAGGCACGGAGGAAGAUCUUGUAAACCUGAACAUUGGAGGCAUCCACCACAAGGUGGAGCGCUGCAUUCUCCUCCGCUUCCCCCACACUCGUGUGGCUCAGCUAAUCCAGUGCCGCAGCGAUGCUGCCAUCUUGGAGCUCUGUGAUGACUACAACCCGACAGAUCGAGAAUACUACUUCGACAGGAGCCCUCAAGUCUUCCACUGCGUCUUGAACUUCUACCGCACCGGGCACUUCCACGCUCUGGAGGAACUGUGUGUGUUCUGCUUCAGCCAGGAGAUCGAAUACUGGGGUCUCUGUGAGCUGGAUCUGGACGCCUGUUGUCUGGAAUGGUUCCUUGAGCGUAAAGACGAACGUGAGUUGAAUUCAAGUGGACAGUCCAGUAAAAAUGCAUCAUCUGGAGAGAUUUCGGUCACGAGUGAGGAUUUGUGGAAAUCUGAAGGCAUGUGGUGUUCAGCUGUUCGAAAGCUGAUGUGGGAAACUCUUGAAGUUCCUCAGCACUCCAGAGGUUCCCGAGGUGUUGCUGCGGUUUCUGUCAUGGUGAUUUUGAUCUCCAUUGUGGCGAUGUGUGUCCACAGCUUGCCUGAAUUCAGAUACCAGACAGAUGGUGAGCAUUCAGUCCUGGACUCUGUGGAGCUCUUCUGUAUUGUCUUCUUUUCAGUUGAAUUCCUCUUGAGGGUUGUCGCUGCGCCUCGGCCGUUGAGGUUUUUGGGAAACCCUCUGAAUAUGAUCGACGUUGCUUCCAUCUUGCCUUUCUACAUUACGUUAGCCAUUGAAGGUUUGGAUGAAGAAGACAAGGAGGAAAACCAGAGCCUGGUGAACAUGGGAAAGGUGGUUCAGGUUCUGCGGCUGAUGAGGGCCUUCAGGGUCCUAAAGCUAGCGAGACAUUCUGAGGGAAUGAGCUUUGGGGAGACGCUGAUGAACUGCCAGUGUGAGGUGGGUCUGCUUGUUCUUUUCAUUACCGUCGGGAUCUCCUUCUUCUCGACUUUUAUCUACUACACGGAGAAGGAUGAAGCUUCAUCCAAACUGUCCUCCAUUCCCGUUUGCUGGUGGUGGGGCAUUAUUUCCAUGACGACGGUGGGUUAUGGAGAUGUUUAUCCACUGACGGUGGCUGGGAGGAUUGUAGCCACACUUUGUAUUCUCUGCGGGCUACUCGUGAUUUCGUUACCUAUCACCAUCAUCAUGAACAAUUUUUCCAAGUAUUUUGAGAAGAAUAGGAAGUGCCUUUCUGAAGCUAAAGCAUAG